AAAAUAAUGUACAUUUCAGGAGUUAUUCCAGGCACGUAAUCACAAGGACAACCUCAGCUGUAUAGCUAUAUCUCUAUCUCUGAACAAGGCAGCUUCAUGUGGUGACAAUUGUAUCAAGAUCCAUGACCUUACUGACCUUAAGGAAAUGUUUGCUAUAAUUAACCUGGAUGAUGAGCGCAGUCUUGACCGCAUGGAGUGGACAGAUGAUGGUCAGUUGUUGGCCAUUACAUCUACUAAAGGAAACUUGUAUGUUUAUCUAACCAGCCUACCAAUGCUGGCAGCCACACAACAGACCAGGAUCGCCCAUCUCACCUCUCUACUUGAGGUUACAAUUGAGGACAAUAUUCAACAGCCUGGACCGGACACGGAGCAGCCUGCUACCAUCUCUGUUGAUGUGGAACCAUCUUAUUUAGGACUUGGACCAUACCAUUUAGCUGUGGGGAUGAAUAAUAGAGCCUGGUUUUACCUACUUGGAGAUAAUGUUCAUCAUGGUUAUUCAGGGGGCCUAGAACAGUUAAAGGACAGAGAGUACCUGGGUACAGUUCACUCUAUCAAGCUGAAUGCUGAUUACGCUGCGGCCCACUUUGAGGACAAGAUACAGCUGCAUAUGCACCUUUCUGUUAUAAAAAAUCAAAUUGAAGGGGAGACAUCUGGUACAACAGACGAACGAGAGAGCAAACUGUUCCCUGACAAGGACGUCAACCAGACACACAUAACAUGCCAUGAUAUGACACAGGAAUUCCUUAUUUUUGGAACAGAUAAUGGAGGCCUGUACUACUUCUACAUUGAGGAUUGGCAGUAUGUAAAUGAGUUCCGUCACAGUUAUGGUGUACGUAAACUGUUUCCUGACCCCAGUGGUACCCGGCUUGUUUUCAUUGAUGAAAAGAAGGAUGGAUAUGUUUAUAACCCAGUUAAUGACUUGUUAGUUGAGGUUCCAGAUUUCUCACCCUAUAUAAAAGGUGUACUAUGGGAAAUGUGGGCGCUUGACAGAGGUGUGUUCAUUGCUUAUGAUGAAGAGAAAAUCUACACAUACAUGUACUCGAAAGAACAUGUCAUGGGUACAAGGUGUGACCUAGUUGGGACGACUAAGCUCCCGUAUGGACAGAUACCCAUCAUGUUACAUAAUGGGGAGGUAACUCUACAAACCCAGAGUGGAAAACUGGUGACAAUAGCCCUCGAUACCCACUCUUACCUGUUCAUAGAUACAAUUGAAGGCAAAACUACGAAAGAGGAAAGAGCAUCGCUAAACUCCUGCCUAGAUCAGUGUAUUGCUUUAAAAAGGUGGAAAGAUGGUUGGAUAUUUUGCCAGCAGCUGAAUGCAAAGGAGUACUGGCUGAAGCUUGGAUACGCUUCGUUCAAAUGUCUUGAUAUUGACUUUGCUAUUCGUGUGUUCAGGGAACAAGGUGACGUUGGUAUGGUAGCUUCUCUGAUGCAAAUUCGACAUUUGGAGGACAGGAACUUGCUAUCAGGGUACCUUGCUAUGUACCUGGGAGAAUUUAACCUGGCUCAAGAUUUGUUCCUGGCUUCUAGUAAACCACUCUCCGCUUUAGAGAUGAGACGAGACCUAUUACACUGGGACAGUGCAUUGCAGCUAGCCAAGGCUCUGGCCCCGGAACAGAUCCCGUAUAUCAGUAAAGAAUACGCGCAGCAGCUCGAGUUUACAGGUGACUACAUGACGGCUCUGGCUCACUAUGAGAAAGGUAUAACACGACAGGAAAUAGAUAAAGAUCAUGAUGAAGUGUGCGCGGCAGGUGUGGCAAGAAUGUCCAUCAGAAUGGGUGAUAUAAGAAGGGGUGUUGGUAUGGCCAGUAAGAUGCCCAGCAGAGUGUUGAAGAAGGAAUGUGCUAGUAUACUGGAGAGUAUGAAGCAAUGGCAAGAGGCGGCCUUACUGUAUGAACAAGGAGGAUUUUAUGAUAAAGCUGCUUCUGUUUAUAUUAGAAGCAAGAAUUGGACAAAAGUGGGAGAAUUGCUCCAUCAUAUUACAUCUCCGAAGAUUCACAUUCAGUAUGCGAAGGCGAAGGAGGCUGAUGGAAGAUACAAAGAGGCUGCUGAGGCCUACAAACAGGCCAAAGAUUGGGAUAAUGUCAUCAGGAUAAAUCUGGAGUUUUUACAGAAUCCAGAGGAGGCUGUGAAAAUUGUGAGAGAGGUUCAGUCAGUUGAGGGAGCUAAAAUGGUGGCAAGGUUUUUCCAGAAGUUGAACGACUAUGGGUCGGCCAUACAGUUCCUGGUAAUGUCAAAAUGUAAUGACGAGGCUUUCCAACUAGCACAGCAACAUAACCAGAUGGAGAUCUAUGCUGAUAUUAUAGGUCCAGAUGCCACACCAGAAGACUACCAGAGUAUCGCCUUAUUCUUUGAGAAUGAAAAGAAUCAUUUCCUGUCGGGGAAAUUCUUCCUCUUGAGUGGACAGUUUAACAGGGCGAUGAAACAUUUCUUACGAUGUGAUGGUGAGAACAGUCAGGCUAUCGAGCUUGCUAUAGAGACAGUGGGACGUGCUAAUGAUGAUCAGCUGACCCACGAGCUCGUCAACUUCCUGAUGGGUGAUACUGAUGGUGUUCCAAAGGAUGCCAAGUACUUGUUCAGAUUAUACAUGGCAUUGAAACAGUGGAGGGAGGCUGGAAGAACAGCCAUUAUAAUCGCGCGAGAGGAACAAAGUGCCGGUAACUACAGGAAUGCCCAUGAUGUGUUAUUCAGUAUGUACCAGGAGUUAAAGCAACAGAAGAUUAAGAUACCCACAGAGAUGGCAAAUAAUCUGAUGAUCCUUCAUAGCUACAUACUUGUUAAGAUUCAUGUUAAAAGAGGUGACCAUUUAAAGGGAGCUAGGAUGUUAAUCCGAGUGGCAAAUAACAUCAGUAAAUUUCCAUCACAUAUUGUGCCUAUUCUAACAUCCACUGUGAUAGAGUGUCAUAGAGCAGGUUUGAAGAAUUCCUCGUUUAGUUACGCUGCUAUGUUAAUGAGACCAGAGUACAGAAAUCAGAUAGAUCUAAAAUACAAGAAAAAGAUUGAAUCGAUCGUGAGAAAGCCGGACAAGACAGAAGAGGAGGAGCCAUGUACUCCGUGUCCGUACUGCGGCUUCCAGUUAGCCGAGACCGAGCUUCUGUGUCCGGAAUGUAAGGGCAAUAUACCGUACUGCAUCAUCACCGGUCGACAUCUCGUCAAAGAGGACAUGUCGGCCUGCCCAAGUUGCGACUUCCCGGCUAUAUUCUCAGAAUAUAUUAGGUUGAUGGAGACAGAGGAGAACUGCCCGAUGUGCUCAGAGAAAGUGAUCAAACAGAACCUCCAGAAAGUUUCCGACACCCACAAAUACCUGAACCCUGAAGAGGGCAUCACAGAGUAAUACAACUGUGAUAUGGCUGUGACACUGUGAUGAAAUGUCAAGUUAUUUGUGACAUCACUGUGUCACAAUCUGUGACAUCAUUGUGCUCCUAAAUGCAGGACUGUUUGAAAAACAAAUUUCUAUUCUAUAAUGAAAAUAUCCAAACUUAAAUAAAAUUCUGCUCCGCAAUUAUGAGAAAUUUUGUAAAUUAUAA